GCUUUCUGUAUUAUUUUAGUGUGGUUAUUCAUUUUAUCAUAAAUCGUUUAGCCAGUAAUUGCAAUUAGCUUCAAAUUUAAACUGUAAAGAAUUCAGCGGUUUAUGAAUGAAAAAAGAGUUACAAAUGUAAGAAUACUAUCCACUUUGAUUGGAAAAAAUUACAGUUUACAAUGGAUGAUACACAUGUCAGCACAUCUGAUGAUUCGGUAAUCACACUGGAUAAUUCUAAACAGUCCAACUGGUUUAUAUGCAAAGAAGAUAAAACUGAUGAAAAUAUAACAACGUAUGAAAAGCAAAAUCACAUACGUCAACGAUUAUCAGGCGAAAACUAUUCAAAUACACAACCAAAUGUCCCAUUAUUGUACAAUGGACCAUAUUCUUAUUCUGAUCCUAAAGAGAAACAUGACAUGAUUCAAGGGAUCAAUAAGACUAGUAUAUCUGGAACUCCAUCAUCACUACAGAACAAAUCCCAAAAGCUACGAAAAUCUAAUUGGAAUAGUGCAUUACUCUAUUUUAAUCCGUCUGGACGUAUAGUUCAUUCAUGGUGUGGUGUUAUCAGCAUUGUAUUUAUGUAUCAUUUGUGGGUUAUUAUCUAUAGAUUUGCAUUUAAUGAGAUCAAUCAACAAACAGUUAUAUUCUGGUUAACUUUAGAUUAUUUUGCUGAUUUGUUAUAUUUAAUUGAUAUGACUAUAUCAUUAAGAACCGGUUUCCUAGAAGAUGGUGUUAUGCAAUUUGAUGGAAUGAAAAUGCGUUCACACUACCUAAAUUCAUCACGUUUUUAUAUCGAUUGUUUAAGUUUACUUCCACUGGACUUUUUAUAUUUAUCCAUUGGUUUUAAAUCUAUUUUACGUAUAUUCCGAUUGUGUAAAGUGUACAAAUUUUGGCAAUUUAUGGAUAGAGCUGAACGACAUACAAAUUAUCCUAAUUUAAUGCGAUCAACUAAAUUACUGUUGUAUUAUUUAACAUUCCUACAUUGGAAUGCAUGCGUUUUUCAGCUGAUUAACUCAACUGCGGACACCUUGUUCAUGACAUCUUUGACGCAGUCGCCAACCUCAGGAACAACUAUAAUUGACGGAUCAAGAACAAACAUUCCAAACUUAAGCGCUACCCACACUAACCAUCAUACUACCAAUAUUAAUAAUAGUCAUCGUAAUAAUAAUAACCAAAACAUUAAUCAUACCAGCAACCGUAGUAAUCUCAGUGAAAACGUUAUAAAUAAUGGUAGUUCCUUACUACUAGGAAGUAAUCAUUCAUUAAGUAAUAUUGAUAAUGAAACCAUUUUUUCGACAGCAACAUCAGCUUCAGUAAAACUCACUAAUACUGAUGUAAGUUCUCUAAUAACAAUGUCCCCAAAUACAAUACAAUUAACUCCAGAUCAUCACGAUGGAUAUGAAUAUUUACAUGCAUUUUAUUGGAGUAUGUUAAGUUUAUUUCCUGUUGGUGGAUUUCCAACACCAAAAUGUCCUAUAGCCUAUUUUUAUUUAAUUUGUGAAGGUGUUAUUGGAAUGUUUCUAAUGGCAACUGUUCUUGGACAUGUUAGCAAUAUUGUUACAAAUGUUAGUGCUGCUCAAAAAGAAUUUCAAGCACGGCUUGAUAGUGUGAAAAACUAUAUGACAUUAAGAAGAGUACCAGCAUCAUUACAAGAACGUGUGAUAAAUUGGUUUGAUUUUCUUUGGUAUACGAAUAAAAUAACAGAUGAAGAAAAAGUUCUACGAAAUCUGCCGUAUAAGUUAAAAGCCGAAAUAGCUAUUCAUGUACAUUUGAAUACAUUAAAACAAGUGGAAAUAUUUCAAGAUACUGAAGAAGGAUUUUUAUCAGAACUUGUAUUAAAACUACGUGUUGUAUUGUUUGCACCAGGUGAUUAUGUAUGCCGUAAAGGUGAAAUCGGUAAGCAAAUGUAUAUUGUGAAUCGUGGAAAAUUGCAUGUUUUAGGUGAUGAUGGGCAUACAGUUUUAGCUACACUACACGCUGGAAGCUAUUUCGGUGAAUUAUCUAUUUUAAAUCUGGGUAAUAAUGGUAAUAGACGUACAGCAUCAGUACGUUCUCUAGGAUAUUCUGAUUUAUUCUGUUUGUCUAAAUCUGAUCUUUGGAAAGUACUUAAAGAGUAUCCAAAUGCAAGAAGUAAACUUGAAGCUGAUGCUUAUAGAAAAAUAAAUCAAUAUCAGAAUAUUCCACAACAAAAUAUGAAAGAUUUUCCAAUCAAAUCUAUUCCAUUUGAGAAGAAAGUUAUGAACUCAACAGAUCCCAUGAAUUACACUGGAUAUUCUGCACCUGCUCAUGACAGCACACACCUUCGUAAUAAUAAUCUGUCAAUUAGUCAAAACAGUCAUUCUCAAUUAGACAUGAAUUCAAAUAAUGAGUGCUUAGUACGUGUUUCCAACAGCGAUGGGUCGGAUGGUUAUGGCAGUGACCCAAGUCGUUGCUCAGCCUUUCUGCCUACACCGCAACGAUCCCCUACUCCAUCAGCCAUUAUGGUGAUGAACAAUUCUGAUAAAACUCAUAUAGCUUCAAACAAUUCACCAUUUCCACAGCUUAAUCCUACAAUCUUCAACGUAACGAGUCAAAGUCAGCCUGUUUAUGAGAAUCGAUCGAGUUCAGUGCCGACAACAGUAAGUGAUAGUUUAGGAAAUUUUACAGCAUUAUAUUCUAAUGAAAACGAACAGGUUUGUAAUUGUUUAAUAGCCGAAUCAAAUAAAUGUCCUCGGUUAAAAUUAUAUCAGAAUAAUCCAAUCCCAUUUGGAAAACAGCGUCAUCUAUCAAUGCCAACAAAUCUGUUUCCUACUGAUGAUUCAUUUUAUCGUCCAAAUAGUAGUCAAUUAAAAGAGUCUAACGUGAAAUCUACACCUAUAGCAUUACAUAGUGGUGUCGUGAUUACUGAUUUUCAUUCAAAUCAAUGGAAAGAAGUAGAAAAUGAAAAGUUGUUUCGUAAAUAUUGUCAUUUUGACUGUUCCAUGAAAGGAAAACAAACAAUAACUUCAAAUUUGGAUAGUUCAAAUCAUGAUGGUACAGUAAAUGGAAAAAGAGUGAUACCAAUUAUUUGUUUUGAAAAAGCUUCUACACCAUCUAUUUCAGAAGCAACAAUUUCCGAAGAUGAACAAGAAUAUCAAGCUGUUUACAAGCAUACUUCACAACCUUCAUCAUCAUCAUGUAUCAUUAAAGCUCCUUCUUAUUCAUCUUCUAUGCCUAUACCAGAGCCAACACAUGGAAAAUAUUGUACUCAUUUAAAAAUACCAAAACAUAAAACACCUAAUUGGACAGCUAGACGACCUCCAUGGCCUUAUAAAACUUGUUCACAUCAUUAUAAAUCACCAGGUAUAUUUAAAACAGGGCAUAUUUCUAAUCAUUCAAUAGAAGAUAAUUCAAUGUUUAAUACUAUACAUGGUUACAAACAUAAUAAAACGAAUCAUGAAUUAAUUGAACAAUUAAGUCAUCUCAUAUAUCGAAUUAAUAAAUUAGAAAAUGAAAAUUACAUCUUACAAAAUAGUUUAUUUAAUCAAUCAAAUUCAAUAAUGAUACAACAACAACAACAACAACAACAACACCAAGUACAACCAUCAUUGCCACAACAGAAAUGGUCACCUACAGUAAAUUUAACACGUCAAUAUAGUCUACCAAUAAAAUCAACUAAUGUAUAUCAACAUUUUCAAGAUUAUUUAAAAAUACCAAAUAAUAUACAAAUCAAUGAUCAAAGAUCUACUGAAUAUGAUCAUUCAAAAGAUAUAAAAUUUAAUAUAUCCCAAUCAAAUAUGCAUAAAAAUGAAGAAAAUUUAAUAGAUGAAUCCAAUAUAAACAAUAAUAAUAAUAAUAAUAAUAAUAAUAAUAAUAAUAAUUGUCCAGUAUUUACUCUUGAUUAAAGAGAAACAUAAAUGUAAAAUGAAAAACAAAAACAAAAUAUAAAUAGGAAUAUUAAUUCCAUUUAUUCUAACUUAGUGUUUUUCCAUUACCAAGCCGUCCCUCCCACACACACACACACACCCAAAAAAAUUCAUUUAACAUGUCUAGACAGGAAAUUUAAUCUGAUUAAUUAAUGUUAAUCUCCUUUUUCUCUUUCUCUUAGAUACACUAAAUUGAAUAUGACUAAGUGAAUAUGGAUGAAUAGUACUUUUUUUUACAUUAAAAUUUAAUUCAUAAUUUAGAUAGGAUUGUAAAAAUUUUAAGCUCAUUUGUGAAAUUUCCACUAUUCUGUAAUUUUUGUUUUUUUAAUCUCCAUUAAUUGUCCUUUGACUAUUAUUGAUAUAUAUAUAUAUAUGAACAUCAAAUUUGAAUUGUUUGUAACUAUCUACUUAUUCGUAAAAAAGUAGUAUAAGUAUAUAGAUUAAUUUUUUGAAGCGUGUUUUUUAUUGUCUUGUUUCUUUAUACAGUAAAAGUAAUUAAUUAUCAUGCCUAUCGUUAUUCUAAAUAAAAUUCAAUCAUAAUUCGU